AAUCCGCGCUGCUGCUGGUAGUAGUAGUAGUGGUGGUGGUGGUGCCUGCCAGUCUCUCUCCUUCUCCUCUGGGCGGAUCGGAGGCUUGUGCUUGUCCCCAGGCAGGCAGCUCUCGCCGGCGGAGAGCGAGCGGGCCGGCCGGACGGACGGACGGACGGACGGAGAGCGCGCCACCGCCGCCGCUGGAUCAAGCCAUGGGUGGUGCCGGACCUACCACCUCCAGCCCUCACCCCCAUGGGAAGAUGAAGGCAUCCGCCCCCUUCUGCACCAGCCACUGAGACCGACCCCCGCCAGCUCGUCGCCGCACCGCUUCUUCCGCCGGGAUGAAGUCCAGCACGGCCGCCCCGUCCAAGGGCAAGGCGGCGUUCGAGCUCAAGCACAAGCUCGUCCAAGCCCUCAACAAGAUCGCCGACAGGGACACCUACCAGAUCGGCCUCAGCGAGCUCCAAACCACCGUCGACGCCCUGGCCCCGGACAUGGUCGGCCCCUUCCUCUCCUGCGUCAUCGACACCGACGCGGACCAGAAGAGCGCGGUGCGCAAGGAGUGCGUCAAGGCGAUCGGCGCGCUGGCGCGGUCGCACGGGGCCCUGCUGGCGCCGCACAUGCCCAAGGUGGUCACCAGCGUCGUCCGACGCCUCAAGGACGCCGACUCCGUCGUCAGGGACGCGUGCGUCGACACCUGCGGCACCCUCUCGGCGUGCGCCAGGGAGUUCGGCGACGGCGGCGCCGCGCUCGUCGCGCUGGUGCGGCCGCUGUUCGAGUCGCUGGGCGAGCAGAACAGGUAUGUCCAGGCCGGGGCCGCGCUCUGCCUGGCCAAGGUCAUCGAUGAGAGCAGCUACUUCCCUGGCCCUGUUCUGCCACAGAUGCUCCUUCGUGUUGUUAAGAUCCUCAAGAACCCGCAUUUCAUGGCCAAGCCCGCGGUGAUCGAGCUGCUCAGAAGCAUUGUUCAGGCUGAAGGUGCUUCUACAGAGCAGGCUUUAUCAUCAGCACUAACAAGUAUUAUGGAUUCCCUGAAGAGUAGUGACUGGACUACAAGGAAAGCAGCUUCUCUAGCUCUUUCAAGUAUCGCUGUCAGCUCUGGGUAUUUGGUUGCGUCUUUCAGAACUUCAUGCCUUCGAUCCCUUGAACGUUGUAAAUUUGACAAGGUAAAACCGGUGCGUGAUGCUAUUACCCAUGCCAUUCAGUUGUGGAAAGCUAUCCCAGGGUCUGAGACUCCUGAACCUUCAGAAGCUGGAUCAUCCACAAAAGAAAACUUCUUUGGUGACCAUAAUGAUGCAAGAAGUGUACAUGAUGGUGGAUCAAGAGCAACUUCUUUUAGGAGAGUUGAUCCUACACCUUCAGCAUCUGUUGUCAGUGGCAGUUCUAUCACUUCUGUAAAGAAGAGAUCCCCGUUGUCUGUCAACAAGACACCUCAAAACAAUGCCUCAAAUCAGCAGCAUUUGAAGUCAAGUGACUGGCAUGUGGAGAUAUCAGUCCCUAAGCAGAAUACAGUGCCAGAUCUUGGGAAAAAGGGAUAUGGCAGCAACCGCAUGUUGAAAUAUGCAAAAGGAAGUCCUUAUGGAAUUGUAGAUGAAGACAUCAAGUCUGACUAUGACCCUAUGGAUGACAAACAAGAAUGCUCCUCUUUAUCAGAAGUAGCCAGCAGGAGCUAUGAGACGAAGCAUGUCACCUCUGCUCUGGAAGUCACUGAAGAUUGUGACCCCUCGCAAGUUAGUGAGCUUUGCCCUGGGGCUCUAGAAAUCAAGAGCAUAGACUCCACUGUUACAGAUGUCACUUCACAUGGCACUCAUGCCUGUUGUCUGAGUGCGACGAAAGAAUUAGCCCUUAUCAGGAAGCAACUACAAGAUAUGGAAAGGAAGCAAGCAAAUCUUUUUGAUCUUCUGCAGGAGUUCAUGACGAAUUCUGUGGAGAACAUGUCAGUGCUGAACUCAAAAGUGCACAAUUUGGAGUAUGCAGUAGACAAAACUGUGUAUACAAUUACUCAGAGUGAAAGCCGCUAUCAACUUCCUGGCUCCAAGGGUUUUAAGAACCAGAGUGUCUCUUCUUCGCCCAGGCUUUCUAAUUCGACACCCAGGUCAUCUGUCGAUGCCAACUUCAAGCCACCAACAAUUCCUCAUUUGAAACAAGAGAAGAAGUGGGCUCACGAUCUACCAUCGAAGGGCACAAGCACUUGCAUGAAAGAGGGUCAUGAAUUUCUGAAGAGCCAUGCCCGUAACAGAGUUAUGAAGCCUGGGGCUAGGAGCUCAGAGGAAAGUUACAUUCCAAGUUCAGUGAGUAGUCGAGCAUCAGGGAUCAAGGGGACCUUCCCAGUUCCAUUUACGAGUCCACGUGAUCAGCCUGAUCUGCGAAAUGCAUUGUGUGCUUCCAAUCAGGCUUGCGAGUUUCGCGGUGCUGACGGCAUGGAGCCUGCAUAUGCUGAAGCCCUUAGCUAUGGUGAUUAUGAUGAUCUGAUUGACCUGAUGGACAGAACUGGACCUGUUCUUGACAAGUUGUCGCGUGAAACGGGAAAUGAACUUUUGAGGGUUAUUGCUGACCAGUUCCUCGAUACAAAGCUAUUUGACUUGGCCCUACCUUGGAUUCAACAGGUAGUGGAUCUAAGCACAGUUUACAAGCCAAGCCAAGUCUUUGUAUCUGCGAGGGCACAAAGGGAGUUCCUUUCGGCACUGGAGGAAGUGGCAACCCGUGGAUCCACGGAACCAGCCAUCAGAAUCGCCAUCGUGCAGCUCGCAUUUAAACUGACCAAGGCUUGUGAGGCUGCUCCAUGCAGGAAAAUCUCAACCAGAGUGUCCAGGGGAAGCGAGUCCGUCGUCAUGGCCACUGCGAUCUGAAACACUUCUCCCAUGUGAUGUAAUCCUAGUGUGUGAUGAGGCAUCAAACAAUGCCCUUGCAGUGGUGUUCUAGUGAGAUCGUUUUCCUUUCUUGUCGCGACGACGUAUACUAGGUCUCGAUUAGCGUAUGCAAGAUCAGUGGUAGUGGUUUGCUAGCUAAACGUAUGUGUGUUUCAUGACGCCUCAGACGAGGUUGCGGUUUUAGCCUCUUUUUUCUUUUUUCUUUUCUUGAGCAUUCGUUGUAGUGCGUGUCAUUGUGUAUUAGAAGAACACCGAGAUGGCGCUAGCCGUUUUAGCCUUAUGUGUAGUUGCUCUUUUCAAGACAUAAUCAACGAGCUUGUGAGUUUAUGUCA